CUUUCUGUCCCAGCCUCCGGACACCUGGGUCCCUCCCAGGCUGGCUUCCCCCGUCCCCGUGCGUGCCAGCGGUGCUGGGAUGGAGGAGGAUAAUCCCAAACAGGAAGGGGCUGCAGGAAGGGAGCCUCAUGGGAUGUCCCAGAACGCUGAGCAGGGAGAGGCCAGCGGGGCUGGACGGCAGCAGGAGACAGAGGUGAUAUCUCCAGAUGAGACGGACAUCAGGGUGGUGACGGAGCACAACCACGCCCAGGCUGAGGUGCGCCCCUACAGCUGCUCGGACUGCGGGAAGAGCUUCAGCCAGAGCUCCCACCUGGUCCAGCACCAGCGCACCCACAUGGGCCAGAAGCCCUACAAGUGCACUGAAUGCGGGAAGUGCUUUGUCCUCAGCUACAACCUCAUUGAUCACCAGCGCAUCCACACCGGGGAGCGCCCCUACAAGUGCGGCCAGUGUGGGAAGGGCUUCAUCCGGAGUUCCCACCUCUUCCAGCACCAGCGCAUCCACACGGGCGAGCGGCCCUACCAGUGCACCAAGUGCGGGAAGAGUUUCAACCGCAAUUACACCCUGGUGAAGCAUUACCACACUCACGUCGGGGAGCAGCCCUUCAUCUGCAGCGAGUGCGGAAAGAGCUUCAGCCUCGGCUCCUUCGCCCAGCACAUCCGCACCCACACGGGUGAAAAGCCCUACAGCUGUGCCGAGUGCGGCGAGAGUUUCAGCAGCAGUUCCAACUUGAGCCAACAUCGGCGCAUCCACACUGGAGAGAAACCCUACAGCUGUGGCCACUGCGGGAAAAGCUUCAGCCAGAGCUCCAACCUCAUCAAGCACCGGCGCAUCCACACCGGAGAGAGACCCUACAGCUGCCCUGAGUGUGGCAAGACCUUCAACCAGAGCUCAUCGCUCAUGCAGCACCGGCGAAUCCACCGCGGCGAGCGGCCCUAUGAGUGCACUGAGUGCGGGAAGCGCUUCAUCGACAGCUCCAAGCUCAACAAGCACCGGCGCACCCACACCGGUGAGCGGCCCUACAAAUGCACCGACUGCGGGAAGGGCUUCAGAGACAGCUCUGCCCUCAUGAAACACCAGCGGACCCACGCCAAGGAGAUGUAUCCCAAGAAACCCUACAAAUGCCACGAGUGCAACAAAAGCUACAGCCUGAGCUCCAACUUGAGCCGCCAUCGCAGGAGCCACACGGGAGAGAGAUCCCACAAAUGCACCCAGUGCGGGAAGAGCUUCCACUUCAACUCCCAGCUUGUCCAGCACCAGAUCAGCCACACUGGGGAGCGACCCUACAAAUGCCCCGACUGCGGGAAGAGCUUCGGUGUGAGCUCCAACCUUCUCCAGCACCAGCGCAUCCAUUGGGUGGAGCGACCCUACAGCUGUGCCAACUGUGAGAAGAGCUUUGGCCACAGCUCCCUCCUGGUCCAGCACCAGCGCAGGCAUAUGGACGAGAGACCCUACAAGUGUGGGGAGUGCGGGAAGGCUUUUGGGGUGAGCUCGGCUCUGAUCCGACACCAGCGGAUCCACACGGGUGAGAGGCCUUACAAGUGUCUGGUUUGUGGGAAGAGCUUCAACCUUAGCUCCAACCUCUUCACCCAUCGCAGGAUCCACUGGGACGAGAAACCUUAUAAAUGCCCUGAAUGUGGGAGGAGCUUCAGCCAGAGCUCAAGCCUCAGCCGCCACCAGAUCAGCCAUACAGGAGAACGACCAUACAAAUGCCCUGAGUGUGGAAAGUGCUUCAACCAGAGCUCCCUCCUGAUCCGGCACCAGCGGAUCCACACGGGGGAGCGACCCUACAGAUGCUCCCAGUGCUGGAAGAGCUUCCUACGGAGCUCCCAGCUGAAGAGACACCAGAGAGUUCACACUAGGUAGGGGGCAGUGAUUGAUGACUCUCUGUAGCAGUUCUACAGACCAACCAGGAUCAUUUGGAUAAUUGGGAUCGUCUCAACAAGAUGUGUUUUAAGACAGCCAAAUGCAAUGCUGUACAUUCAGGAAUGUAUUUUGCAUUUACUGAGUGAAGGACUGUAUCCUGGGACACAGUGACUCUGAAUAGGACUUACGGGUCCUGGUGGAUAACCAGUUGACUAUCAACUCCCAGUGUCAUGCCCUAGCUAAGAGGGUAAUGUGAUUCUUUGAUCUAUAAACUGAGGAAUAUUGAGUAGCAAUGGAGAGGGGGUAUCACCUCUGUAUGCGGCAUUGGGGAGAACUUGUAGGAGACUGCAUCCAGUUCUGGAAUGCACCCUUCAGAAAGGGUGCUGACAAAUUAGAAAGGGUUCAGAAAAGAGCCACAAGAACAAUGUGAAGUCUGGGAAACCUUUGUAGUGAGCCACUAAAGAGGUUUGAUCUAUUUAGCUUAUCCAAGAAAAGAUGAGUCGAUGACUGGAUCCCAGUACCGACAUGGGGAGGAGAAUUCUGAUAUCAGAAGGUUCUUCAGAGUAGCAGCCAAAGGCUAAAUGAGAUCCAAUGGCAGGAAGCUGAAGGGAGACAAAUUCAGACUGGAAAGAAUGUGUGAAUUUCUAGCAGUGGGGGAAAUUAACCACUAGAACAACUCACUGAGGGAUGUAGUGGAUUCACCUGGAGUCUUUACACCAAGCCUGGACGACUGUAAAAGCUCUGCUCUAGCACCAUCAAAAGUUCUGGGCUGGCUGCAGGAAUCACUCGGUGAGGUCCUUCGGCCAGGGUUAUGCAGGAGGUCAGGCCAGGUGGUCAGAAUGGUCCCUUCUGGCUGUAAACUCUACGAAUCCCUCACCCCCCUCUGCCCAACUGUGGGAAGCAGAGUGUGAUAGAGACACAAAAUGAAGGAUUCACAUAAACGUGUCAAAGCAGGAAGAACUAAGACUAAGAGGCCACGUGGUCCUCGAAGUCAGCAGAUCUGGAUUGUAUUCCUGCCUCGGCUACUGACUGGCUGUGUGUCCUUAGACAAGUCCCUUUCCCAUCUGUGCCUCAGUUUACUCUCCUGCCCUUUCUGUUUUCCCUUGUGAGCCCUUUGGAACAGGGACUGUCCUUGCUCUGGGUGUGUGUUGCACCCGGCACAAUGGGGUCCUGAUCUGGAGUGGGCCUGUGGAUGUGGCUGUAAUAGAAAUAACUAACGAAUUAGGAAGCUUUAGCGUCAUUCACAGAUGACUCUGUCACCUCCUCCUUGUGCUGCUUUAUCCCUGCUGUAAGUGACGUCCCAUAACCCAAGCCUGUUGGCUGAGCAAAAUGAGAUCUUAUCCUGAA